GGUGCCAGCGCUUACAUUCUGAAUUACCUAAUGUACAUCCUAUGGGCGUUGCUGUUUGCGUUUUUGGCCGUCUCCCUGGUACGAGUAUUUGCGCCGUACGCCUGUGGCUCUGGUAUACCCGAGAUAAAGACCAUCUUGAGCGGCUUCAUUAUCAGGGGCUACUUGGGCAAGUGGACCCUGCUGAUCAAGACUGUCACCCUGGUGCUGGUGGUGUCCUCGGGCCUGAGCCUCGGCAAGGAAGGGCCGCUGGUGCACGUGGCAUGCUGCUGUGGCAACUUCUUCAGCAGCCUCUUCUCCAAGUACAGCAAGAACGAGGGCAAGAGGCGCGAGGUGCUGUCAGCUGCGGCCGCUGCUGGGGUCUCUGUCGCCUUUGGUGCUCCGAUCGGGGGUGUGCUUUUCAGUCUGGAAGAGGUCAGCUACUACUUUCCCUUGAAGACCUUGUGGCGGUCCUUUUUUGCGGCCCUGGUGGCAGCCUUCACGCUGCGAUCCAUCAAUCCCUUUGGGAACAGCCGCCUCGUCCUCUUCUACGUGGAGUAUCACACGCCCUGGUACAUGGCCGAGCUCUUCCCCUUCAUCCUGCUUGGGGUCUUCGGGGGCUUGUGGGGAACCCUCUUCAUCCGCUGCAACAUCGCCUGGUGCAGGAGGCGCAAAACCACCAAGCUGGGGAAGUACCCGGUGCUGGAGGUCAUUGCGGUGACCGCCAUCACUGCCAUCGUCGCCUACCCCAACCCCUACACGCGCCGCAGCACGAGCGAGCUCAUAUCCGAGCUCUUCAAUGACUGCGGGGCCCUCGAGUCCUCCCAGCUCUGUGACUACAUCAAUGACCCCAACAUGACGCGGCCCGUGGACGACAUCCCCGACCGCCCGGCCGGGGUCGGGGUUUACACGGCCAUGUGGCAGCUGGCCCUGGCGCUGAUCUUCAAAAUCGUCAUUACCAUAUUUACCUUCGGCAUGAAGAUCCCGUCCGGUCUCUUCAUCCCCAGCAUGGCUGUGGGGGCCAUGGCAGGCAGGAUGGUGGGAAUUGGCGUGGAGCAACUGGCUUACCAUCACCACGACUGGAUCAUCUUUAGGAAUUGGUGCAGGCCCGGAGCAGACUGCGUCACCCCAGGGCUUUAUGCCAUGGUGGGAGCUGCCGCCUGCCUAGGUGGAGUUACCAGGAUGACGGUGUCGUUGGUGGUCAUCAUGUUUGAAUUGACGGGUGGUCUCGAGUACAUCGUGCCCCUGAUGGCGGCAGCCGUGACCAGCAAGUGGGUGGCUGAUGCCUUUGGGAAGGAAGGCAUCUACGAGGCCCACAUCCACUUAAAUGGGUACCCGUUCCUGGACGUGAAGGACGAGUUCACCCACCGCACGCUGGCCACCGACGUCAUGCGGCCAAGGCGGGGGGAGCCGCCGCUGUCCGUGCUCACCCAGGGCAGCAUGACCGUCGAGGACGUGGAGACGCUCAUCAAGGAGACCGACUACAACGGCUUCCCGGUGGUCGUCUCCAGGGACUCGGAGCGCCUCAUCGGGUUCGCCCAGAGGAGGGAGCUGAUUCCUGCCAUAAAGAACGCCAGACAGAGGCAGGAGGGCAUCGUGAGCGACUCGGUCAUGUACUUCACCGAGGAGCCCCCUGAGCUGCCAGCCAACAGCCCGCAGCCCCUGAAGCUGCGGCGCGUCCUGAACCUCAGCCCUUUCACCGUCACGGACCACACCCCCAUGGAGACGGUGGUGGACAUCUUCCGGAAGCUGGGGCUCCGCCAGUGCCUGGUGACGCGGAGCGGGAGACUUCUUGGCAUCAUCACGAAAAAGGACGUUCUGAGGCAUAUGGCCCAGAUGGCAAACCAGGACCCUGAAUCCAUCAUGUUUAAUUAGAAACAAGAUGGCAGUUUCUUUGAGAAAAAUACAACUGUGUCGUUUGAAAAGAAAUAAACAAAUGAUAUGUCAUCCUAAUGAAUGGUCGUACACUGGGGGCAGCGGAAACAAAAGCUUUGUUUAAAAGGAAGGGAAGAAGAAUGAAACUUAGAAAAAAUACAUUGGCGAGUAGGCAUUUUAUAGCUUUAACCCCUUAUGAGUUUCAAGCUGUGUUAUGAGUUUAGUAACUACUGUGGGGGCAUGUGGAUGGGUGUAAACGACAUGGUUUGUACAAGGACAUGGAACACCAUUGCUGAGUCAAGAAACAUUUGCCCCUUCAGUUGAAGGCUGGUGUUGGUGAAGCUUUGAGUCUGAAAGGCCAAGGGGUAUUGGCGUGUCAGCGUCCUUAUUUAUUGGUGCCUGAGGUUUGGCUGCUAUGUUACUGAAUCAGAUUAAAGAUAUUUGCACUUACUUUGUUGGAAAAGAAAAAUUAAAUGUGAACAUAGUGAAACCUGCAAGUAUGC